AUGCUCAAGGUGCGGGUGGUCAUCAAGUACCGACACUGCACCGGCCUCCUGUCUAUGAAGGUGACUGACGAUGUGGUGUGCCUCCAGUACAAGACGGACCAAGCUCAAGAUGUCAAGAAGUUUGAGAAGUUCCAGAACCAGUUGAUGCGUCUGAUGGUUUCCCGGGAAUGCCGCAGCAGCCUGAUGGAGAUGGAGUGAAGCCGGGGGCUGGAGGGAAGAGCAGAGACUUGCCUUGUGUGACGUGUCUUGGAGCGAGGAGGUUGAGGGACGUGAGCUGCUGGGCGAAGGAGCUUUGCGGGGGAGGGAGGGAGGGGCUCUGUGAGGAAGGACGCUGUGUUUCCUGGCACUGGGAAUGCCCUCUCCUGUUGCGGCUGGGACCUUCCCCCACUGCCCGGUUGCGCUGUGUUUGCAGUGACCGUCACUCCGUCUCCUCGAGUAACCCGCAGGCUCUGUUCCUGUGCGGAAACUGCCAGUUCGCAUGGAGCUCGGAUGCCGAAAUAAAUGAUCCGUGGUUGAA